AUGGCAAAUCAAUUCAUCGGCCUGCACAUGCGGGUGGUGCUCCGCGAGCCCGCGGACUGUCAACUCACGGGGACAGUGAGAGAUGUUCAGGCGGGCAGCGGCCUCACCUUGACGAAUGUAUUCGUCACAGGGACCAAGGAAUGGCGCCCCCAAAUGCACAUCGAUGCCGCCAAUAUUGCUGAUCUGUCCGAGAUCAAGACGGACGAUGCGCCUGCUACGGAUGCUCCUGCCCCUGCCUUUUCGCAACCGCCAUCGCAACCUACCUUUGUCGACCCUGCGAUUCUCAGUCUGGCAAGGCCACCUGCGUCUGCGACGCCCUCGGGCUCGGACGGGAAAUUCAUCGGUCUGGAAGAUGGAAGGCCAGAGCUACACGCUGUCCAACCCAUUGCGGCGCUUUCCACACCAGGGCGACCUACCCCCGAUCGUGACUUGUCCGGCUCAGUGAGCAACUUGGCUGUCACUGAGCCAGUCCCUGGAUUGACCGAUGACAAGUCUGUUGGGCCUCGGGAUGCCCCAUCAACUAAGAAGAAGAACCGGCGCUCUCGUCAGUCUAAGCAAGGAAAGGGCCAGCGUAUUGAGGAAGAUGGUCAGCCUGUCGAUGGCUCGCCCGCUAGUGGCCGAGGCAAGGGUUGGAGGCAGACUCCUAUUCUCCAGAGCACGGCGUCCUUCCAGCCAUUCAACUCUCUGAAGCGAAACGGCAAGGGGCGAAAGGGGGUGUUUGACAAUGGCUGGGCGUCUGAGGAUGUCACUGAAGAGAUGGGCGAUUUCGAUUUUGAAAAUAAUCUGGCCAAGUUUGACAAGCGCACCAUCUUUGACCAGAUGAGAAAGGAGGAUCAGAUCGACGAUGCUAGCCGACUAGUAUCCCACAACCGCCGACCAAAGCCUGGGACAGCAGGUGGCAAGAACCUGCAUUACACGGAAAAUGUUCUUGAUAUGCCACCAACAACUGGCAAGAACGCGGAUUUUUGGAACAGCGAAGCGGAUGACGGACUGAAUGAGGCAGACAGACUAUCAGCGCGGGACAUACGGAGCGGCCAGAGCAAUCGAAGAGCUGACAGCAAGUCGGGACCUUCGAGGAGAUCACAGUCACGCAAGGCAAGUGCCGUUGCGGCGCCUGGUGGUAUCCCACUGAGCCGCGUCAACUCCGGCCAAGGCCAGCCACCCGGUCUAUACCUCGUCCCCUCUCACAGACGACUCGAAACCGUCUCGGCGCUGCAGAUGCUGAAUCUCGAGAACAUUGCUGCGAACGAAGUUGGGCUGUCGGAACAGCUCAUGGCAGAGAACGGAGGACGGGGUAUUGCCGAGGUGGCCUUCAAGGCGCUGUCGGAUCCUGCCAUCAAGGUGCGGUUUGGGCUUGCUGGGGCUAAUCCAUCUGCCAGUGCCGUGCUGAGUAGUCCGGCCGUUGUGAUACUGGCUGGCAACAACAAAUCUGGCAUCCGAGCGAUCGCUGCAGCCAGACAUCUGCGGAACAAGAACGUCAAUGUGAUGGUGUGCUUAGUGGGCAUUGAACGCGAGCGAGACUUGCUGGAGGAUCUCCGACAGCAGAUCCAACUGUAUCGGGCUUUCGGGGGUAAGAUCCUCAGCAAGAGCGAUCUCUUUGAGCACCUACGGAAGAACGCUUCGUCGGGAUCACCUGUGUCAACCGCUCUCAUCAUCGAUGCCCUUCUGGGGUUGACCAUCUCCUUUGAGGAGCUGCGAACGGGAGACCAGGCCACCGUCUACGAACUGAUGGAAUGGGCAAAUCGCAACGAGGCUUUCGUCCUUUCCGUUGAUGUGCCGACAGGCAUCGACCCUACUACUGGCAAAGUGGCAGUCAUCGAUGGCAGCCGUCUCUUUGUCAAACCGCGGUACGUGGUUGCGAUGGGUGCACCAAAGCGCGGCUUGCUCGAAGCUGUGACGCCACCAGGCGAGGAUGACCCUGAAUACCUCAGCAAUGCAGCACACGAGGACGAGUGGCGCCUUUUCAUUGCCGACAUUGGGCUAGGCAGCGCAGUCUGGCGAAAGGCCGGGACUAAGAUCCGCCGCGGAAUCGACUUUGACGAGAAGUGGGUGCUGGAGAUGAAGUAUCGGGAUGGGCAGCAGGAGGAAACCGACUAUGAGGAGGAAUAG